AUACAGUUAAAAAACUUCAGGAUCAAAAGCAUGACAUGGAAAGAGAGAUAAAGAAUCUUCACAGGAGACUCCGGGAGGAGUCAGCAGAAUGGCGUCAGUUCCAAGCUGAUCUACAGACUGCAGUGGUUAUAGCCAAUGAUAUAAAGUCUGAGGCCCAGGAAGAGAUAGGAGACCUGAAGCGUAGAUUACACGAAGCUCAGGAGAAAAAUGAGAAGCUCACCAAAGAGUUGGAGGAAAUAAAGUCACGCAAGCAAGAAGAGGAACGUGGUCGAGUGUACAAUUACAUGAAUGCUGUAGAGAGAGAUUUGGCAGCUCUGAGACAAGGAAUGGGCCUGAGUCGCAGAUCAUCCACCUCCUCAGAGCCAACUCCUACUGUAAAAACACUCAUCAAGUCAUUUGACAGUGCCUCCCAAGUUCCAAGCCCUGCUGCUGCCACAAUUCCUCGCACUCCCCUGAGCCCAAGUCCCAUGAAAACUCCCCCAGCUGCUGCUGUAUCCCCUAUGCAGAGGCAUUCUAUAAGUGGACCAAUCUCAGCUUCAAAACCCCUUGCUACGCUGACAGACAAAAGACCGAGCUAUGCUGAAAUCCCUGUUCAAGAACAUUUGUUGAGAACAUCUUCUACCAGCAGGCCGGCGUCUUUGCCAAGAGUACCUGCUAUGGAAAGUGCCAAAUCUAUUUCUGUCUCUCGAAGAAGUAGUGAGGAAAUCAAACGAGAUAUCAGUGCACCUGAUGGAGCAUCUCCAGCAUCCCUCAUGGCAAUGGGUACCACCUCACCACAGCUGUCACUCUCAUCUUCUCCUACAGCAUCGGUCACCCCUACAACCCGAAGUCGAAUAAGGGAAGAGAGGAAAGAUCCCUUGUCUGCCCUAGCAAGAGAAUAUGGAGGAUCCAAGAGAAAUGCCUUGCUGAAGUGGUGCCAGAAGAAAACAGAAGGGUAUCAGAAUAUUGACAUAACAAACUUCAGCAGUAGCUGGAAUGAUGGCUUGGCUUUUUGUGCAGUCCUCCAUACUUACCUCCCAGCCCAUAUUCCUUAUCAAGAACUAAACAGCCAAGACAAGAGAAGAAAUUUCACUUUGGCGUUUCAGGCAGCUGAAAGUGUUGGCAUCAAAUCUACUCUGGACAUCAAUGAAAUGGUGCGAACUGAGCGUCCAGACUGGCAGAAUGUCAUGCUGUAUGUUACAGCAAUUUACAAGUACUUUGAAACCUGAAACCCUAACAAUUCAGCAGAUCCAUGGGAUAGAACCAGCAUGAGCUACCAGAUGGAAACCUUACUGAAAUGCUGAUCCUCAUUUCACUGAAAACUGACAACAUUAGAGUCUCCUCAAGCUUCAGUGACACUAUCCUGGAUUGCCUCAAAUUGCUUCAGCUACUAAGCUUGGAAACAGCUGUUUAAAAGCAAGAACUUGUUGCCACAGUGCUUGGAAUAACCCAAGUUAUUAAGCUAUUCAGAUUAAUUGUGUAGCCAGAAGAGCCUGGACUACUUAUGUGCUGCCUUUCCAGCCAGACCUCCUGAAGCUUUCUUUCCUAGGAGGGUGAGGUGAAUGGAUCCUCUAGCAUAUAGGAGACUGAAUGUACAGCUAAAGCUUUGAGAAGGAAAAGGAUAACAUGGCAUCGUAUUACUGAACUUUCUGUAGUGUCCUGAUACCACAGUCUGAAUAAUUCUACCCACAGCAUAUGGCACUCCAGUACAGUAGAGUUCCUAAUGGUAAUUUAGUUACUGCCUUUACAGCUAUCUUCCCUCCUUUAAAAUAUGCACAAUAUUCUAGGAAAACAAGCUUUCAUUCCAUAACAACAAAUUGAGUGGAAAAGUGCUCUCGAUACCUCGAAAACUUUGGCACAGAAGAACUCUUCAUUCUAAAGCUUCAUGAUAAGCCUACCUCUGUCACAGUGAUGUGGCUUCCAACUUUAUCUUACGGAUUGUAAAGACUAGCACAUACAGCUCCUGGUUUUCAGGGUACGCUGUACUUCAAGGAAUCUGUCCAAACUUCCUGUGCUUCCAUUAUAACAGAAAUGAAUCAAUAAUCAA